AUUUCAAUGGAGCGACUAAUGAGACCUAAACAUACGAGUUUAAGGUCCAUGGAAAGUUGAACAAAUUACCCCUAGCGGUUGUCAAUGACUUCGUUUUUGAACAGCAUCACCACACGUGCACUUUCACAUUAGCCUGCCAUCGCACACCAGUACAGAGGAAAACUUCUUGGUUCUACUUCUAGUAAAAUUAACAUCUACACUUUAUUUCUCUCAGUUAGGUUUUUGAGCACAGAGCGGAGGCCUACAUUAUUUUGUGGCUGUGAAAAAUCCUUUUGUGUGCGUAGAAUGGAAAUUGACAACGAGUGUUAUAUUAGCUGAGAUGUGCUGCAUGGUUCUAUAAGGAACCCGUGAAUUUCCAUAGCAUUCUAGCUCUUGUUCUACCUCUAGAUACCAAAUCGCACACACACUACCGAGGAAGAUGGAGCAGCGAGUUGAGCGAGAUUAAAAAGUGAGCUAUUCGAAUCAUCAAUUGGAACACGAUAACAAUACUUUCAUGAUUCUCGUAUCUUCGUCCAUCUUACUUCAGUCUUCCGUUGAUUAUCAUUAAAUGUAUACUUCCUCUGAAAAUAAGUUAACUGUUCGAUUUAAGUCGGUCCUUGGGAUUUAAUACGCUCAUUAAUUUCGUCUGAGCACCGAAGCCAAGAAAGUACAACUGUUCAGAUGUUCGGCUUUCAUUGUCUUCGUUUAAAACUUUAAAGAGGAGAUGAUUUGCCCUAUUAGCUAAGUGCAACACUACAUGUUACAAACGGUUCGUCUGGGGUAGACGUUUUGAUUCAAUUUAUGUAAGUCAGCAGAAGUAUACAUGUGACUCUGGCUCUGAAGCGAAACAUUAAACAAAAUCUUCAACUUUCGUGUUCUAAAGUUCUGAAGAAAUUGCUCUGAUUCUGAGCAAAAUAUUUAAUUACGAUGACUUGGAGCGGUGGACAUUGGCGUAUGCACAAGGUGCGUUUUGCAUUCAAGACCGGGUUCAUCGUAACGCUUUCUUUCUGCCUCGUCCAGCUCGUCUGGUUACCACGACCACCGUACCAACGUCGAGAUGAUGUCGCCAUCCAGGGGGCAUUGAAAAGGAAAGCCGACGUCAUUGACUACUCGUCUAUUCAGGCUCUGGAUUCGAGCCCCGUCGCGAAGUCGACAGGACAAAAUGGCGCCCAUAGAAAACUGUCGUCGGAAAGUGAGGCCGAUCAGUUCCCGCCAAAUUUUGGACAGCAGAGGCCUGGGAAAUUUAAUAAUGGAAUAAAUCAGGAUGUUGGGUCUGCGCGAUUUGAUUGGAAGUUGGAGAACUCGCGUGCUAGUUUUGAUAUUCCAGCUGUAAUCACCAAUGGUCAAGAAACAGAAGUGGAAGGGAAUUAUAAUAGGCGAUCGCCAGGGAAUAAACUGAAAAAAGAAUUCGAAAGGUUUCGAAAUCAUAAAAGAAAGACAAGACUGCAGCAACAAAAAGGCGAGCCUAAAGAUGAAACGCAUCAGGUGUUUGUACAAGUCAAUAGAACCAGAGCAAUAUCGGCGCUUUUCAACGAUGAGCACGACAUCUCUAAAAACAGAAAUGAUUUCUCAGGAGUUAAUCGGGAAACAUUUUACAAAAGGACUCUACCAUUUGAGGAUCCGGGUUAUGUCUGGAGGGACGAUGGGCUAGGAGAAAAUGGAAAGGGUGUGGUGAUUGCACCUGAGGAUAAGAUGACGGCGGAUGUGUUAUUCAAGAAGCAUCAGUUCAAUGUUUUUGCCAGUGACCAGAUAGCAUUGAAUCGGACGCUUCCAGAUCAUCGUCCUCCAAGGUGCCGAAUGUUUAGAUAUCGCCACGACCUCCCCAGCGCUUCGGUCAUCAUCGUUUUCCACAACGAAGCUAAGAGCGUGCUUCUUAGAACGAUCUGGAGCGUCAUCGUACGAUCACCGAGGCACCUUCUGGAGGAGAUCGUGCUGGUCGACGAUGCCAGUAGUCUAGAAGGAGAAGAUUGGUAUAGGGGCUGGCUCGAAGAUUACGUCUCCCAUCUUCCCGUACCUGCGCGGUUGCUCCGCAUGCCGCAUCGUAGUGGAGUCGUAGGGUCCCGACUCGCAGGAGUGUCGGCAGCAAGUCGUAAUGCUACCGUGCUUGUCUUCCUCGACUCGCAUUGUGAAUGUACAGAGGGAUGGCUGGAACCGCUCUUGGACUGCAUCAAUAGAAACAGUACUCGAGUCGUAAGCCCUGCUAUCGACUCCAUCAGUGACACGGAUUUCUCGUAUACCUUCAUCAGAGGGAUAGCCCGGACUGGAGGCUUUAGCUGGUUCCCAGAAUUCAUGUGGACACAUGCCCCUCAGAGGGAGAUGAAAAGGGUGUGGCAGGAUGCUGCAACACCAUUAAGAACACCGACUAUCGCAGGGGGUCUUUUCGCCAUAGAUCGAAAGUUCUUCAAGAGCUUGGGAUAUUACGAUCCAGAACUGCAUGUCUGGGGCAGCGAAAAUCUGGAGCUCUCUUUUAAGGUGUGGCAAUGUGGCGGAAGCCUGGAAGUAGUUCCGUGCUCCAGAGUGGGUCACGUAUUCAGAUCCAAGCCUCCUUACGACUUUCCUGGCAACCCAGAGACUGUGCUCCUACGCAACAACAAAAGAGUUCUCGAAGUGUGGGGUGGGCAGAUUAAACACUUAUUCUACGGGCUGACGCCAGAGUACCAGGCCGUGGAUGCCGGGGACAUUUCGUCAAGGAUACGGAUAAGGGAUGAGCUGAAGUGCAAAAAUUUUGAGUGGUAUUUGGAGAACGUGUAUCCAGAGAAUAUCCUGCCACUCAACUUCCAGGCACUUGGAAGGUUUAUGAAUGAGGGAGUAAAUCUAUGCAUCGACGUGCUCCAUGCUACCGAUGGGAGACGGAUGGGGGCGCACCUUGCUGUCAAUGCAUGCCGGGAAGGUGCUCUUGCGCAGACUUUUUCUUGGAACGAUUUGAGUCAACUUCGGCAUGACCGUUUCUGUAUCACAGCAGUAGAGGGCGACAAUCAUGUAAUGCUCCUUGAGUGCCAAGACGUGCACUACAACAGACUACUCACAAAUCAACAAUGGCAGUAUAACGAACAGAUUGGAACAAUGCAGCACCAACUCACAGGCCUAUGUAUGGGACUGAAGAAGAAAUUGGACAAAGAAGUGAUGAAAUCAUUUGUAAUACUUGAAGAAUGCAACUCAUUAUCGACCCAACAGUGGGCCAUCUUAGAAACAUUUACUGAAAUCACGUGGAGAUAGCACACAGCAAAUAUUGCAAUUCAGGACCCUGUUUCAUAAAACUUGUUAUCAAUAACAAAUGCUAAAUUUUGAUGACAAAUUUUCUCUCAUCCAAUUAGAUGCUUAUAACAGUAGUCAUAACUUGUUAUUGGUGACAAUUUUUAUGAAACAAGGCCCAUAUUUAAAGGAUCACAACUACUUUAAUAAAAUGUAUUAACAACACUCAAGGGCACUUGCAAUAGUAUAUUGUAUCCCAUAGAAUCAUGUUUGGACUAUUUGAUUUGAUUUGAUUUUGUUCUGCAUUCAUAUAAGUACACAGUGUUUUUAUAUAAGAAUAAUAAUAUAAAGUACAAUAAGUAUGUUUUUGACAAUGAAUCAUAAAUGAGCAAAUAUAUAUAACAAUUGUCAUUUUCAAACCGAAAUGAUGAACUGUCACAAAUACUAAAUUUCAUCAAACAUUACAAAAUUAUUUGCGGAAGAAGGAUUGUCAUUGUAAGAAAUGAUUAUACGACAGCCCCAGACAAACCUCAUGAAAUAGAUUAACACAUUUAUUCAGCAGAACAGAUGGGUAAUUAAAAAUACAAAUUUUAAUGAUGGUGAUAUUAACAAUGCAAGAUGAGGAGGAGGAUGAAGAUCGUGAUGAAGAUCGAUGAUGAUGAUGAUGAUGAUGAUAAUGUUUACUACAUCAUUGUAAUGUUCACAAAUUUCGAGAAAUGAUUGGCGUUUGUGUCGAUAUAAGUAGAACUCUCUAAAUUACAGGAGAUGAAACCGACUUUUGGGGAGUCAUUUCUAUUAGGGAUCGCUUCAUUUGAGGUGGCAGUCUACUAUCAAACUAUA